GGACUCGGGAGCAGUGUGCAGUGUGCAGCGUGCGCACAGUCACUUGCAGUGAUCGAGCUUUGGGCCAACUUCAAGUUCGAGUUCAUUCCAAGUUGCAGAAAGAUCAAGAAAUUGCCACUGCCGCAGCCCCUCUUUGUUAUUGGCUGCGCUGAGGAAGCUAUUUGCAAUGGCGAAAAAGGCGAAGGCAGCUCCGGCUGCGGUUGCGGUGGCUGCGCCUCCCAAGAAGGGCAACAAGCGGCCGGCAGAGGAAGCCAGUAACGGCAAGGCGGCCAAGAAGAAGAAAGCCGAGAAGGCGCCCCCGGUGCCCCCUCCUUCAUCAGAGGAAGAAGACUCCGAUGAAGAGGAGGAGGUUGUGCCUGUGAAGAAGGCUCCCGCGGCCAAGGCCAAGGCUCCUGCCAAGAAGGAAGAGAGCAGUGACGAGGACGAUGAGUCUGAAGAGGAGGAGCCAAAGAAGCCUGCCGCUAAGGCUGCUGCCAAGCCUGCCGCCAAGCCGGCUGCUAAGGCUACCCCCAUGGAAGUUGAUGAGGACUCCGACGAAGACAGCGAUGAAGACGAGGAAGAAGCUCCCAAGCCGGCCGCGAAGAAGCCGGUAGCAAAGAAGGUUGAAGAAGAGAGCGACGAUGAGGACGAUAGCGACGAUGAAGAGGAGGAGGAGAAACCGGCGAAGGGAGCCCCUGCGAAAGCGGCGAUUGCGAGGGCCGCUGCGAAGAAGGUAGAGGAGGACGAGGAUGAGAGCGACGAGGAGAGUGACGAGAAGCCGAAGGCAGCGGCGGCGGCCGCGAAGAAGCCGGCGGCGAAGAAGGACGAGGAGAGCGAUGAGGACGAUGAUGAGGACAGCGACGAGGAGGAGGAGGCACCCAAGAAGCCCGCCGCCAAGCCCGCAGCGAAAAAGGCUGCUGACAGUGAUGAUGACGAGGACGAUGAUGAGGAUGAUGAUGACGAAGAGGAGGAGGAGAAGCCGAAGGCCAAAGCAACGCCGGCAAAGAAGGCUGACGAGGACGAGGAAGACGACGACGAGGACGAUGAGGAUGAGGACGAGGAUGACGAGGAUGAGGCGCCCAAGAAGAAGAGCUCCAAUGGCAAAACUCCCGCUACGCCCAAGACCCCCGCCGCUGAGGAGGAGGAGGGCGGCAGCAGCACCAUCUUUGUGAAGAACUUGGCAUGGAAAGCGGACCAGGACGCGCUGUUCGAGUUCUUCGGGGACUGCGGCGAGGUGACGGACGUCCGGAUCGCGCAGGGCGACGAUGGCAGGUCCCGCGGGUUCGGGCACAUCGAGUUCGGCUCGCCGGCGGCGGCUAAGAAGGCGCUGAAGAAGAGCGGGGAGGACCUGCUGGGGCGCGAGAUCUUCGUUGACCUGGCGCAGGAGCGGGGGAACAAGACCUUCACGCCCAGAAGCGACAGGGGCAACUUCAGCGGCGGUAAUGAUGGCGGCGCUCGGACUCCUCGGGAGGGUCAGGACCGGACGGCCUUCGUCAAGAACUUCAACAAGUUUCAGGACGAGGACACGAUCCGGAACCAGCUGACAGAGGCGUUUGGCGAGUGCGGUGAGGUCGUGAACGUGAGGAUACCUACGGACAGGGAGACCGGCCAGAUCAAGGGUUUCGCCUUCGUCGAGUUCAGCAGCACCGACGCCCUCGCCAAGGCUGCCGACGUGAACGGCGCUGACGUCGGCGGGCGCAGCAUCGUCGUUGACACCAACCCCAGUGGGGGCGGUGGCGGCGGCGGCGGUAGCGGUGGGUUCAGGGGGGGACGUGGUGGUGACAGAGGGGGUCGCGGUGGUUUCCGGGGGGGACGCGGAGACAGAGGCGGAAGGGGCGGCCGUGGGGGGGACAGGGGUCGCGGCAGGGGGGGAGGUCGCGGGGGCGGCAGGGGGUUCACCCCUAACAAGCCCAGAAUCAACGUAGACGGCGGGGGCAGCGGUAAGAAGAUUGCGUUUGACGAUUAGGUUUGGUGAAGCGACGGAGAGGGGGUUUUGGGGCGGGGGGGUGCGGAAGAUUUGUUGCGUGUUCUGAUUUGAGCUUUCAUUUUAUAGUUCGCUUGUAGGGUCGUUCAAGUCAUUUAUAGUUCAGUCACCGCCCGGCUGGCGGGCGUCCAUAAUUAGAGCAGUGCCUGAGGCAUGGUGCGUUAUCCAGUUCAAGCGGUGGUCGGCGCUUGAAGAGAAAAAUGGGUACGUAUGGGGACGGGGUUCCCGUGAGCGGGGCGAAGGACCACUCCGGCAGCACUUUCGAUAUCUGAGCUUUCAUCGUGAACAAUGCCGGGCGAAAGUCCCCGGGCGACAAGGUCGAGAGGACCAGCCUUAGCAGGCAGACCUCCAUACGACCCCUCGCGGGGGCCCCCGGGCCCCCGGGCUGAGAUGCGCAAGCGGAGCCUCGUCGAGGGGUCAUGGAGCAGCUCGCCAUAGCACAGUAAUGUGGGUCAGUGGGGACGCAACCCACCAACACAAUGGGGCUUACUCUUGCCAUGCUCACAAACCCUUCCCUUAAUACAAUCUCUUCAUAAAUCUGCUUCCCAGCUGUCAU